AUGGCCUGCAGUCUCUCUGCCCCGCCAAAACCAACAGCCAUCGCAUCCCGGCCUAAACUCACCCUCCAAACAUCCUCCCUGCCACGUUCCUUCGGCAGCUCUUCAACAGGCCUCUCCUUCUCCUUCGCCGCGGGGUCCGGCGCUUCACCGACUGUUCGCAAUACAUUCCGAAAUGCCUACGACGUAGCCACUCCGUCGUCAGCAACGGCUUCUCCCUCCAGAACAUUACCAACACCAGCAACAAUAGAAGGGUCAGGACUGGGGCCGCGAUUUAGCACCUCAAAACCAUCCUCCCCAUAUGCCGUCGCCAACAACGGCAAUAACAACAAUAACAGCAACAACAACAACAAUAAUAAUCCCUUCACCUAUAACUACCGCAGUCCCUAUCCAUACCAACAACCACUGGGCGUGCGAAGCAUUUUGCGAAAUUCACCACUCGAUCCCGCCGCGCGCCGGCGCUCAGGGUCUAUCUCCGCGACGAGCGUGAACGGUACAGUUGGCGGCGCCGGUACGCGGCGGGUAUUCUUCCCUGCCGAGAAGCAGGUGAGCUAUCGGUAUCCGCUGGAAGAGAUUAUCCACACGGAACGAUACACGGCGUCGCAUUUUGACCUUGUACUUCAGGAGGAUGUGGAGGAGGAGGAAGGAGAAGGGCAGGAACAACGACAGAAGCAAGGGCAUGCAAAGCAGGAAAUCGAGCACCCAACACCUGAACAGGAAGACGACGACUCGGAUUACUCCAAUCUAUCGCUGUCAGAGACCAGUGCGUCAAGCGAGGAGUCCAGCCCCGACCACGGGCAACAGCAUAAUCCAUCGUCAUUGUCCAAGACAGAGCGCAAGAAACGGCGUACACUGCGCAUGGAACGCCAGGUCCGGGCCGUUGCGCUGCUAGAUGGUCUCAAGGAGGACGAUGCCUACGCUGCCUCUACGCCACAGACACCCCGUCAACGACGGGUGAAGCGCCGGCGCGAGUGGAAGUGGACGUUGGGGCCUGUGGAUUCGAAUAAUCCACAAAGUGCUCAGAAUACUGUUGUUUCUUGA